GUACCGAGUGACGUGUUGUCGUGCUUUCUGCGAGUCUUUGUAAACAUCUGUUUGAAACUGCAAGGAAACUUCGUGUUUUCGCUUGAUUCAAAAUGUUGGACCUUUUUACAAUUUUCAGCAAGGGUGGAAUUGUGCUAUGGUGCUUUCAAAGUACGAAGGACAUAUUUACUCCUUCAGUAAAUGCCUUGAUUCGUACUGUUAUUCUGCAGGAACGUACUGGAAAUCAAAAUUUUGACCAUAAUGCUCUGACAUUAAAGUACAAGCUUGACAAUGAGUUUGAGCUGGUCUUUGUGGUCGCUUUCCAAAAAAUUCUGCAGCUAGCUUACGUUGACAAGUUCUUGACCGACAUCCAUCUGGAGUUUCGAGACAAGUAUAAGGAUGAUUUGCAGAAUGGAAGAUAUUUUCAGAGCUUCGAGUUUACCAAGUCAUUCCAGAGAGUGUUGCAAGCUGCGGAGGACUGGGGAAGAUCUCAAGCAAAGUUACCGAAACAGAUGCGUUCCUUUGGAGAAUCUUUGAAAUCCAAGAAGACUGUCUCAUCUAUGAUUGAAAGGAAAGGGGAAGACAAGGAAAAUAAGCAGAAAAAAGUGAAAAUAUCUGAGCCUCCGAAGAUUGAAACUCCCCCAUCUCCUGCAUCCACUGCCCCCGCUUCAAAUGGCAAUGGUAUUUCUGAAGAUGUGCUGAUUCAGAACAGGUUGCGGCUUGCUCAGAAAAUGGCUGCUGGACCAAAAAAGAAGGAAAGCACUAAGAGCCCUAAGCCAAGCAAAGAAGGCAAGAAACCCCGAGUUUGGGAAUUAGGAGGCAAUGCUAAAGAUAUGACUAGUCUUGACCGUUCCAAGGAUAAACCCGAGGAUGCUACAUCUGAUUUCACUCCAGCAUCCAAUAUGGUUGGCCGUAUGGUUGGUGGCAUUAAAGAUAUUGAAGUUGAAAGUGACUCUGAUGAAUAUGAUGAGGGAGAAGAGGAUGAAGAGGAAGUUGCCACCCAAACAAAACCAGCUGCUAAAAGCGGUGGUGUUUUCUCUAUAUUCAAGGGAUUGGUGGGCAGUAAGAACUUGAGCCAAGAAACCAUGCAGCCUUGCCUUGAUAAGCUACGAGAUCACCUGAUCGCUAAAAAUGUUGCUGCUGAUAUUGCUGUUAAGUUAUGUGACUCUGUGGCUGCCAAACUUGAAGGAAAAGUAAUUGGUACUUUUGAAACUGUUGCAUCUACUGUAAAAAACACCUUGACGGAGUCUUUAGUGCAAAUUUUGUCUCCUCGUCGUCGUAUUGACAUUUUGCGAGAUGCUUUGGAAGCUCGCAAGCAGGGCCGGCCUUUUGUCAUGGCUUUCUGUGGUGUGAAUGGGGUUGGAAAAUCUACCAACCUAGCAAAGAUUUGCUUCUGGUUGAUUGAAAACAACCUCCAAGUUUUGAUUGCUGCUUGUGAUACCUUCAGAGCUGGUGCUGUUGAGCAGCUACGCACCCAUACUCGUCAUUUGAAUGCCCUACACCCUCCUGAACGACAUGGAGGGCGCCAAAUGGUCAAUUUGUAUGAAAAGGGUUAUGGCAAGGAUGCUGCUGGCAUUGCCCUGGAAGCAAUUAAUUUUGCUCGGGAUUCGAAAAUGGAUGUGGUUUUGAUUGACACGGCUGGUCGCAUGCAAGAUAAUGGACCACUAAUGAUUGCUCUGGCUAAGCUUGUGAAAGUCAAUGAACCUGAUUUGGUCCUCUUUGUGGGUGAGGCUCUGGUUGGAAAUGAAGCUGUAGAUCAGUUGGUUAAGUUCAAUCAAGCAAUGGCAGAUAAUUCAUCUGCUGUGAAUCCUCAUCUCAUUGACGGUAUUGUGUUAACUAAGUUUGACACAAUUGAUGACAAGGUUGGUGCAGCUAUUUCCAUGACUUACAUCACUGGACAACCAAUUGUUUUCGUCGGUACCGGCCAAACCUAUACAGAUCUCAAGGCUCUCAAUGCAAAGGCUGUUGUGCAUGCUCUCAUGAAAUAAAAAUGUCACAUAAUUUCAUCAUCUCAUGUUCUAUCACAUUGGAUAUGGUUUUGAAGUCUUCAUGAAAUAUCUAUACUCUUCUUUUGUUUUCACAUCAUGCUAUAAGAAGUCUCAGCAUGUGAGCUUGAUAGUUACCUAUGUUGUUACUUGUUUUGCCUGACCAUGAGUUGCAAUCAUCAAGUUACACAUUAUUUUCUUUCUGAAAUUUUUUGAAAUGGUGCACCUGUCACUAUUUAUAAAAGGAAAAAAAAAUGUUGGAAAUGAAAAAAAGGAUGUAUAAUACUGCAUUUUUGUCAUUCCUCUGUAUUUGCCAUUGUGUGUUGAUUUUUAUUGAGAGGAAUAGGUAAGAAUUGGGGCAUUAUCUAUUGAUUUAUGUUCUGAGAAGAUUGUGAUUUAUAGUAUGUACAAAUAAUGCUGUAUGGUAUAAUUGUGUUUUCUUGUCUUGUCUGUUUGUUUUCUUUUGUCCUAAAAGAAACUGUUUUCUAUAAAAAUUGAUUUUUAAAGAGAAAUUUAAUAUUUAUUUGUGUGUGUCAAACCACUUGCUUCUUCAUUUUUAAAAUGAUGAUUGAUACAGACUCGUCUAGAGUUGUUCUCUCUUGUCUUUAAGCUCACACUAUGUAUUGAGACUGUUAAAGAUUGGUGUUCAUUGGAACAAUGUCUUGUUGAUAUUUUUAUAGCAUGUAUUGUUAUGUACUUUUAAGAUUGCGAAUAAAUCUUCUAAAGAUUUCA